CUCGGCAUGCUCGUCACACUCACCGGCGCGCUUAUCCGCAUGACCUGCUUCUACACGCUCGGACCGCUCUUCACCUUCGAGCUCGCGAUCACCCCUACGCACUCCCUCGUCAUGACGGGUCCGUACGCGUUCGUGCGCCAUCCGAGUUAUACGGGCGUGUACUUCACGCUGCUGGGCUCCAGCGUCGUCGCGCUCGCACCGGGCUCGUGGCUCCGCGAGUGCUGGCUCCAGCUCGGCUCCUGCUCCACGCAAUUGAACUCGUUCGGUCUUGGCCGAUCUUCCGGCGUCGGGACGUUCGUCGCGUGGUUCGCGCUGGGAUUCUGGGUAGUGAAGGUCGCGUAUGCGCUCCGCAGUACGAACCACCGGCUCGCGACGGAGGAUUCAGAGCUAAGGCGCGCGUUUGGGCCCGUAUGGGAGGCUUAUGCCGAGAAGGUGCGAUAUAGGCUCGUCCCGGGGGUCUACUGA